AACCACACGGAGCGUAAUGCAGGAACAGUAUAAAUAGCUGCUGUUUAGAAUAAGACGUUAUUGUGCUUUAGAAGACCACUUCGUUGAGAAAAUGGCAAGAACCAAACAAACCGCCCGUAAAUCCACCGGUGGCAAAGCCCCGAGGAAGCAGCUCGCCACCAAAGCCGCCCGUAAGAGCGCUCCAGCCACCGGCGGCGUCAAGAAGCCUCAUCGUUACAGGCCGGGUACCGUGGCUCUGCGAGAGAUCCGUCGCUACCAGAAAUCCACCGAGCUGCUGAUUCGCAAACUGCCCUUCCAGCGUCUGGUCCGAGAAAUCGCUCAAGAUUUCAAGACUGAUCUGCGCUUCCAGAGCUCCGCUGUCAUGGCCCUGCAGGAGGCCAGUGAGGCUUACUUGGUCGGUCUGUUUGAAGACACCAACUUGUGCGCCAUCCACGCCAAGAGAGUGACCAUCAUGCCCAAAGAUAUUCAGCUGGCCCGCCGCAUUCGUGGAGAGCGCGCUUAAACUUAUUGCUGGUGCACACCGUAGACCCCAAAGGCUCUUUUAAGAGCCACUCAAAUUUUCACAUUAAGAGCUUCAAAUCGGUUUACAGCUUCGUAGGCGAUGUGUUGUCAGAAAAGGGCGGGUGAGUUAGGGACAAACCAGCUUGCUACACACUUAAAGAUCACCACUACAUGCUGGGCAGAAAGAGAGUGAGACGGUGGCGCUGAAGUUUUCGACAUAAAUCAAAAUAGCAGGCAGAAAGUUUAGCCAAUUAUGUCAAUGUUCUUGGAAUGACCCAAUGAAUCUAUCAAGACAAGUCUUAUUUUUUUAAAAUGUCAUUAUAAUUUUUGACCACGAGGUGGUGCUGCCACAAAACUUUUUUUGGUUACA